AUGGCAGAUUCCAAGCCAUUAUGCACGCCAGCUGAGCUCAUGCUCAAGGUAAUCCUUGCAGGGACACUGAGCCACUACGAAGUCCGGGGCAUGAUCGAUGACAAGCGCUUGGAGCACAUGCUUGCCGCUGGGAAGCAGAUCCUGUACAAGACACACCAGGAGAGCGAUGUUCGUCACAAUCUCGGCAUGUCGCCUGAUAUUUGGCAAGGUCUCACGAACGUCCUCACCAAAGCAAUCCCCGUCCUCGAGUCCCAAUCUUUCGCGUGGAAAAGCCCCGCAGCAAGUUACGAACACUCAUCUGCCAAUCUAAUCGCAUACAAUUAUUUCUCGCUGGUCAAAGACAUUGAGCGCUUGAAUGAUCUGUGCACAAUUGCUCGCAACCUCCUCGCCACAACCAAGAAGGCACAGAACCUCGCAGCGGAAACCGGAUUUGAUCAAAGGAUUCUAGCUCUCAUCGACACCUGUGUUCGGGUCACCGCUCGAGGAUUCGAUGGCGAGCAAAAUGCGCGAAAUGAGGAGCGAUGGCAGAAAGUCGUCAACCUCUACAAGCGCCUUCUGAUUACGUGCCUCCAGUACCUUCAUAACUUCAUUAUGCACAACGAGCAUCGCAAGAUGGUGCUCUGCCCAAGGAGCCUUUGGACGACGCCAGCUCGCGAGAAGGUGUGGCACCCAUUGUACAAGUUGGAGAGCGUGUCAUCAACCCCCCCGAUUCGCGCACUUUACGACCAAACUGCGGAGGAUUUGCUAUUGGAGACUAUCGCCAAGUUCCCGCGCGAGCCGGCAACUAUCAAGGAAGAGGCUGCCAUGCUGCUUCUGGCCAACAUUAAGGAUCACAUGGAGAGGAUUUUGGGGCGUGACCUCAGCGCUAUUCAGGAGAUGGGCAGAGACCCAGACCAGGUCAAGGAUAUCCGGGCUGCUUUGACUGCGAUACUCGGGGCUAAGGUUGACGGUUGGUCUGAUCUCCAGGACCGGGCUCGUGAGAUCCCGGCUGCGCUUCCCGAAGAAGGGCACGAGGAGCCUGAAGACCACGAUGACCAAGAACAGGACGAUCACAGGGAGCACGACGAGGAAGAAGAGGAACACGAAGUCACCAAGAAGAAGACCAUCCUGACUAUUGAUCGCAGUCUCACGGCUGGUUUCCCUCGUCUUUGCUGGGCUGAUCUUCCAGAGAUCAACGAUUUUGGCGCUGUGGAUGGACCUGUUACAGAUGAAGAUACCAGUAUGCCCCGGUCAGCUCAAUCUGCCGCCGAGACCCUCCAAGAGGCCAAGGACGAACUCAUGGCUCGGCUCCAAGAGCCAUCACAUAUCGAUGGCGACGAAGAGCAUGACUAUGACCACGGCGAUGCACACACGGUGGGGGAUGAUGACUCGCACAGCCUGGAUCACAUGGCUGACGGAAGCGUUGACGGAGAUGGCGAGGAUGACGUGGAUGACGAUGGCGUCGAUGGAGAAGCUGAUGACGAAGAAGAGGAAGACGAUGAAUACCGUGGCCGUCCUGGCGAUCAACAGCGGGGUCUUCUGACAGAUAUCCCUCUGGUCCUUGGACCGGCAGAAAUCGAAGCUUUGCCUAUGAUUGUUCAAGCCGGUAUUGUGGACAGCUUUGGCCUCAAGGGCGGCGAACGGAAUGGAUCGAGGAACAUGCAAGCGCUCCGUUGUCACAUCCUGCUCACGCAGGAGACAGGACGUAACCUACUGCGUGAACUACUGAUUUUCAUCGCGGCAUGGGAUCUUCCCGACGACGAACUCUACUUCAAGAUGAUGGUCCAGAUCAUGGAGGCCGUGCUUAAGAACGGCCUUAUGUCUCAUGCCUACUCGGACUUUGGUCAACCCAAGGACAUAAUUUCUCCGGCACAGGCCGUUGUGAUCAAGAUCCUCACCCACAUCUUCCGAGCCAAGUACUCUCCUGCUUCGGUGACAGGAUCGGCUCAGCCCAACAUUCCUCGCAACCCGAACUCACUCAACCGAGUUGAUAUUCUUACUGUCCGAUACAUCUUCACUAUCUUCCGCGGCAACAUUAUCCCCGAGACUUGUGCUCUGAUCUACCUCCAAGGCCAGAUCCGCGCCAACCGGGCUCUUUCCGAGGACUUCCCGCUCAAUCUAUGGGACAUGGAACGGGUGUACGAAGGUGUCUACCAGUUUUUGGAGUUCUUCGCCGUGUUGACCGAAAACAACGACUGGAAGAACCUGCUGGUUAAAUGGGAGAUUGUCUAUGACUUGGUGACGUUGAUCAAGGAGUUGGAAGCAAGCAUCCCCAAGGGCCAGCUGAGCCAAUUGUCCUUUGGCUCCGUGCCCCCUCCUCCCCCCCGAAACGACACCACAAACGAUGCCCCGAGCGCUAGUCCUCCAGCCCCUGUUGCCGUCGAACGUCCUUACGAUCCCAGCGACCCAGACCCUGUUGACACAGGCGCCGGCAGCGUCGACUCUCGACCCGAGUCCCCUCCCAUCACAGAGGAUCCCUCCGAGUUCGAGUGGCGCAAUCUCAAGAAGCUGGUCGUGCUUGUGCUCUCCUCGCUUGUCUGGAAGUGUCCCGAUGUGCAAGAGCAGAUCCGUCGGUACGGCGGUGUCGAGGCGAUUCUCUGCUGCACUGCUUUCGAUGCCCACAACCCAUACAUCAAGGAGCAUGCUGUGAUGUGUCUCAAGUUCUUGCUGGAGGGUAACCGUGAGAACCAGCGCCUUGUCGAGGAACUCGAGGCUCGUGAGGUUGUCAGUAAUGACGGCGGCGUGCUGGAGCGGAGUGGCUAUGAAGCGAUGAUUAACCAGGCAGGCAAGUUGGCCAUCCGGCCCAAGGCUCGGGCCGAGGAAAUUUCAUGA